AUGAUGAUGAUAUCAUUUACGCGCAAUACCGUGGUAGCGACCCCGGCAUCGGCAAUACCAGAUGCAGAGCAAAUUGAUGGCAACCGCCUUAGCGGCAAACCCAUCGAUUCGGAUAACGAAAAGGAUGGGAAUGCCCCGACGCUACCUCCUACAACCGAAGACAGCAAGGAGUGGUGCACCAUUUCUCCUGAGGAGCUGGCUUCGAUCGCCGCCGAGUUCACAAACCGCAUCCCGAGCAACCAGACCUUCUCUCCCGCCGAGAUUCCAGGCUUCCUACUCAAACGGAAGAAAGCACCGCGUCGUGCCCUGGACGAGGUUGAGGCUUGGGGAGCGUCGGAUUUUCUCGGUAUCCGAAAUAAGGUGCUCAAUGCCACUCCCCACAGAACUGCGGAUCAAUACCUAGUAGGCGGUCAAAUCAACAAGGUCUUCAAUCCUAUACUGUAUGCUAAGCACCUUAUGUGA